AUGCGAGCCCUCCCCGCGCCCUUGAUCUACUUGCAGGGCCUGCUUCGGCCCGCCCUGCUCCGCCCAGACCUCCGCGUACCCAGCAUUGCGAAUGUGGACUGGUCCGGCCUUGGCGCGGCUGGAUACAACGCCGUCGUAGUAGACAAGGAUAACUGUGUUACGAAACCACAUUCGGAUGCCCUCUUCCCGCCCUAUACACAAGCAUGGGCCAACUUGAAGGCUGCGUUCCCAGGUCGUGUGCUCAUGGUCUCAAACUCGGCCGGAUCGUCCAAGGACCGAGGGGGCAUUGGCGCCGAGGCCCUCUCCAUGUCUCUACACGUUCCUGUUCUCGCUCAUCGGCAGCCUAAGCCCGCUUGUGCCGCCGACAUCAUUGCUUAUUUUGCGGGCCGGCUCGGGCGUCCCAUGUUGACGAGGGAUAAGGUGCCGGAAAUCCACCCCGAAGUGGAAGAGGAGGCGGCGGAGCGCGAACUCCUCCAAAAGUGGCGAUGGAGCGUCGAGGAGGGCCCGCUCGCUGGUCGUCCUCUACUUGGUACACUUGAAGAACGUAUGGUCGCCGCGCAGUACCGCGUGGCCCCUCCAGGAUCAGAAGGUCCCGCCACCGAUGCGGCGAUGAAGACCCAGAGCAGGGCGGAGAUGCAGAAUCAGAGCCCCAAGGAGACCAAGCUAGAGACGGAGGAGCCUCUGCGUGUCCUCGUGGUUGGCGACCGGCAGUUCACGGACGUGCUCCUCGCCCGCCGCCUUGAGAUGUAUGGCGUCAAGGCGUCCGCCAUCCUCACCACCGAUCUUCCGCAGCCGGCCGACGUACGUCUCCUCCGCAAGUUGGAGAACUACCUCGCCCCAGGUGACACGGAGCAGGCGGCCCGCCUCGAGUCUUUCGUGCGCAUCGACCCGCCUCCACCUCCAAGCCUCAGACCAACUGGGUUGGAACGACUCAAUCCCAUCGCACAGGCGCGCUCUGCAUGGGCCGAAUGGACUGCUGACACGCCCGAGGUGCAGCUUGACCCUCGGAGUGGGACAUGGAAGCCCAAGCCCCUCUUUGUCGCCAGUGUGCGGGGCCUCAGCGCGGUGUUGCACGUCCUGGGCAUUUAUGCACGGAGAGGUGGAGCCUGGGCAUGGGUCCACAUCCGUCGGGGUGCUGAGAAGGGCUGGAACGCGACCAAGGCCAAGGCUGGGGAGAUGCGCGCCGAGUACCACGCGAGGAAGGAGGCCGCCCGUAUGGACGCUGAGGCCCGGGCUGACGCUGCGACAAUCGCGUCCUCGGAUGUCAAAGUUACCCCCAAGGCAGCCCUCGAAGGGGAGAAUGCGAGGAUACAACCUGCACAGUAG